AUGAUGUUGAGUUCUGUGAUGGAGUUCAUCACUCAAGCUGCUUCCAGCUCAGCAUUCAUUUUCUGCUUCUGCAAUUUGAUCAUAGUCAUUAUUCUGGUGGACUUGAAGCCUAGCCUCAGCAUUCAUCGGGAAAGUGAAGUUCAUCUUCUCAAGGGUGCAAAUGAUCAGAAACAAGGAGCAAAUUCGAAGCCCCUAGUGGAAAAAGACACACCACCAAUGCCACCGGCAGUGGAAGUGUCACAUGAUCAUGAAGCAGAAACGGUUGAGAAGAUUGAAAUUGAAGGCAAUAAAGAUUGCAGCAAUGAAGAAGAUGAAAAAGUGGAAGAAGAAAAGGAUGACAAUAAAAGUGAAAACGAUGAACUGAGGAAAAGAGUGGAAGAAUUUAUAGAGAAAGUUAACAAAGGGUGGAAGGAAGAAUUGUUGAGCACAUCAACCUUGGUAUAG